AGUAGAAUACGCUUUUCUCGCAAUUUUUACUGCUGAGGCUGUUCUCAAAAUAAUUGCGUAUGGGUUCCUGAUGCAUAAUGGAGCUUAUCUACGUAAUGCUUGGAAUUUGUUGGAUUUUAUAAUUGUUCUUAUUGGGAUUAUUAGUACGAUUUUGACAGACUUAAACACCUCACAAAGCUCAACCCUUGAUGUUAAGGCCUUAAGAGCAUUCCGUGUCGUCAGGCCGUUACGGCUGGUCUCAGGUGUUCCGAGUUUACAAGUUGUGCUAAAUGCAAUCCUUCGUGCAAUGGUGCCCCUUCUGCACAUUGCUCUUUUAGUAAUAUUUGUUAUCAUCAUUUAUGCAAUUAUUGGACUGGAGUUAUUUAUGGGAAAACUUCACACUGCAUGUUAUAGAGAAAUAAAUGGUAUUUAUGAAAUAGAGCAAAAUCCUCGGCCCUGUUCAAAUACAACCGGAUAUAAAUGCACUGGUGACACAACUUGUUUAGGGCUAUGGGAGGGACCAAAUAAGGGAAUUACCAAUUUUGAUAACAUAGGACUGGCAAUGCUUACUGUCUUCCAAUGUAUAACAAUGGAGGGCUGGACUCAGAUUAUGUAUUAUAUUAAUGAUGCCAUGGGCAGCAUCUGGCCGUGGAUAUAUUUUGUGAGUCUUAUUAUCGUUGGCUCGUUCUUCGUACUCAACCUAGUCCUUGGUGUUUUAAGUGGUGAGUUUUCAAAGGAGCGAGAGAAAGCAAAGGUGAAAGGAGAGUUUAAAAAAUUACGUGAAAAACAUCAGAUUGAUGAAGAUCUGCGUGGUUACCUGGAUUGGAUCAUGAAAGCAGAGGAUAUUGAACCUGAAGCAGAAGAAGUAAAACCCAGCCUUCCUCCUCAGCAUGGAUCUCGUUGGAAGGUCCUAUGGAAACGUCUGGGCACGCUCAAUACAAAAGCUCCUAAGCCUGUACCUGAAUCAUCUGAUUAUUCUGAUGAUGGGAAUAGUGAGACACACCAAGACACGUGGUACCAGAAAAAAAGGAGAGUGGCUCGGCGAUGGAACCGACGUUGUUUACGAGCCUGCAGGCAGGCUGUGAAAUCCCAGGCAUUCUAUUGGAUCGUGAUUGUAAUGGUGUUUAUCAAUACAUGUAUAUUAGCGUCAUUUCAUUACAACCAACCCUCGUGGCUUGGUCUUUUUCAAGAAUAUUCCAACAUUUUUUUCAUAAUAAUAUUCACAAUAGAGAUGAUUGUCAAGAUGUACAGUAUUGGUAUAGACCACUAUUUUGUUUCACUCUUCAAUCGUUUCGAUUUCUUCGUCGUGUUGAGUAGUAUAUUGGAGAUGGUCCUCAUGUAUGCAAAAAUAAUCGAUCCAAUCGGAAUUAGUGUCUUACGUUGUGUCAGACUGUUACGAGUUUUCAAAGUAACAAAGUAUUGGAGUUCACUGAGCAACUUAGUAGCAUCUCUACUCAACUCAAUGCGCUCAAUAGCUAGCCUUUUGCUCCUACUCUUCCUCUUCAUCUUAAUUUUCGCCCUCCUUGGUAUGCAAGUAUUUGGUGGGAAGUUCAAUUUUGAUGACAUGAAGGAGAAGCCCCGAAGUAAUUUUGACAAUUUUUGGCAAGCACUGUUCACGGUAUUCCAGAUUCUGACUGGUGAGGAUUGGAAUGAGGUGAUGUACGAUGGUAUUGAAGCUUACGGGGGCAUUCAUUCAAUUGGAAUUUUAGCCAGUACUUAUUUUAUAGUGCUAUUUAUUUGUGGUAAUUAUAUUUUAUUAAAUGUAUUCUUGGCCAUCGCCGUGGACAACUUAGCAGACGCUGAAAGUCUAACUGCAAUGGAGAAGGAAGAGGAGGAGGAAAAGGCACGCAAUAAAUCAAAACGUAAAGCAGAUAAGAUGGAAGAUAUAUCGAGACAACUUGCACCGGGAAUGGAUCCAUCAGGAAUCAAUCGUGGUCCGAAACACCUGCAGGAAAGAAGAGCGAAAAUGAACUAUGAACAGAAUCAUAAAAAUGGAAGGGUUCCAGAUGAAAACUUUACUGACAAAACCAUUGAUGAAGAUGGAAAAGCGAUUGUUUUAACGGAAGAAGGAUGUCCUGAGGAGGAUGAAGAAGACGAUUCAACUACCGUGACAGCUCGUCCUCGUAGAAUGUCACAAUUGAAUCUUCAGAUAAAGAAGCAUCCGAUGCCCGAGGAGAGCUCACUUUUCAUUUUUUCAAAGGAUAAUAGGUUUCGAAAAGCUAGCUUCUUUGUCGUAAAUCACAACUAUUUUUCCAAUGUGGUGCUUGUUCUGAUUAUGGUUAGCAGUGCUAUGUUAGCAGCAGAGGAUCCUGUGAAUAAACAAAACACAAGGAAUGAGAUUCUUCAGAAAUUUGAUUAUGUAUUCACUGGUAUUUUUACUAUAGAAAUUAUGUUGAAGGUUGUAGCGUAUGGAUUGGUUAUUCACAAAGGAGCAUUUUGUCGUAACUCCUUCAACCUUUUGGAUCUACUGGUUGUCACAGUCUCCUAUAUCUCAUAUUCCUUAGACAUGCCUUCCAAUAAGGUUGAGGGCAAGGAAGGAAUCUCUGCUGUCAAGAUAUUGAGGGUUUUAAGGGUGCUCAGGCCCCUCCGAGCUAUCAACAGGGCCAAAGGGCUUAAGCAUGUUGUUCAGUGUGUUAUUGUUGCCAUCAAGACCAUCGGCAACAUCAUGCUGGUCACGUUACUUCUGACCUUUAUGUUCGCUUGUAUCGGAGUGCAAUUGUUUGCAGGAAAGUUCCAAAGGUGCAAUGAUGCUUCAAAGCUUACGGAGGAUGUUUGCAAGGGACAAUUUUUUACUUAUCCUGAUGGCGAUAUAAAUCAUCCGAAAGUAAUGAACCGCAGUUGGACAACGAAUGAGUUUAACUUUGACACCAUUUACUCUGCUAUGCUCUCACUCUUCACUGUCUCUACAUUUGAAGGAUGGCCAAAAUUGUUAUACGUUUCAAUUGACUCGCAUGAAAAGGACGUUGGACCUAUCUACAACUACAGGCCGCAAGUAGCAAUAUUCUAUUUUGCUUACAUCAUUGUGAUAGCGUUCUUCAUGGUCAACAUCUUUGUGGGUUUCGUCAUCGUCACAUUUCAGAGUGCUGGAGAGCAAGAGUAUAAAAAUUGUGAAUUGGACAAAAAUCAGCGUCAAUGCAUGGAAUUUGCAUUGAAUGCAAAGCCUGUUCGGAAAUAUAUCCCCAAAAAUGCAAAGCAACUCAAGAUCUGGAAGAUAGUGACAUCCAGACCAUUUGAAUAUACUAUAUUUAUCCUUAUUAUGUUAAAUACUAUUAUAUUAGCAAUGAAGUUUCAUAAACAACCUCAAAAAUAUGAAGAUACUUUAGAUUAUUUAAAUAUGGUAUUCACCGGGGCUUUUGCUGUUGAAUUUUUACUCAAAAUCAUUGCAUUUAAACCAAAGGUAAGAUCAGAUUCUGACAUCUCUGAUGCCAUGAAGCCUGAAAGUGAAAAUAGAAUAAGCAUCAACUUCUUUCGCCUUUUUCGUGUGAUGAGGUUAAUCAAAUUACUGAGUAAAGGAGAGGGAAUACGAACAUUAUUAUGGACUUUCAUUAAGUCAUUCCAGGCUCUGCCAUAUGUAGCCUUACUAAUUGUCAUGCUAUUUUUUAUAUAUGCUGUAAUUGGAAUGCAGAUGUUUGGAAAACUUGCACAAGAAAGUGGUUCAGAAAUAAACCAAAAUAAUAAUUUUAAAACAUUUCCAAAUGCUCUUUUGGUGCUCUUCAGGUCGGCAACCGGAGAAGCUUGGCAAGAUGUUAUGUUAGCAUGUAUAAGUUCCAAAUGCUAUGAGGGCGAACCAGAUGAAACAUGCGGAAGUCCCAUUGCUGUUCCCUACUUUCUUUCAUUCUAUGUUUUAUGUUCGUUUUUGGUAAUUAAUUUAUUUGUAGCAGUUAUAAUGGAUAAUUUUGAUUACUUAACAAGAGAUUGGUCAAUUCUGGGUCCUCACCAUCUUGAAGAGUUUGUACGAAUGUGGUCCGAAUCAGAUCCUGAAGCAUCGGGGAAAAUAAAACAUGUGGAAAUCGUAGACAUGUUGCGUCAGAUAUCACCCCCUUUAGGUUUUGGCAAGCUCUGUCCUUACAGGGUAGCAUGUAAGAGAUUGGUCACAAUGAAUAUGCCAUUAAAUAAAGAUGGUACGGUGAUGUUUAAUGCGACCUUAUUCGCACUAGUGCGAACUUCACUCAAGAUCAAGACGGAGGGAAACAUAGACAAGGCUAACGAAGAGCUACGUGUUGUCAUCAAAACGAUCUGGAAACGUACAAACUCUAAGUUAGACCAAGUUGUUCCGCCGGCUGGAGAUGAUGAUGAUGUAACUGUUGGUAAAUUUUAUGCCACAUUCCUGAUUCAGGACUAUUUUCGUCGUUUCAAAGCUCGAAAAAAUGCAGAAUAUAAAGGUGAUCAUGAUGCACCAGCACAAGCUCUACAGGCUGGCUUACGCAGUUUCCAUGACAUCGGACCGGAAUUAAAGCGUGCAAUUUCGGGCAAUCUGGAACAGGUAGAUGAGGACGAGUCCCUUGAGGAGGAGCAACCAGCACAUAGGGUAACAAAUGGAUCUCCCUUCGAUCGAAGUCAUUGUAUUUUUGGGAACGUUCAGAAUGGUUCAACCAAUAUACGACGCCAGUCGGAACCAACGGAAUGUCUAAUGGGAAACAAUCUGAGCAUGUCACCAUCCAAUACACAUCGUGCCGUGUCCCCAGCAACUUCUUUAAACAUCUACCAGUCACAAAAUGCAUAUGGUAGACGGUCACCGUAUUCAUACGGUUCUGGGCCAUUUAUGUCCAAUUCAAUUCAUGGUAUACGAGGUCCUCGACCGAUUAAUUUGGUGAAUAACAAACUUCAUAGUAGCAGAUCAAGUCGGUCAAGUUGGAGCAGCCUACGUGAAAUUGUUCAGCGUAUACCGGCUGAGGAAGCAGCUGAACCCCUUAUGUCUCAUGAAGAUGAUGAUUUGACCCCUUCCCCUGAACUUCCACAACGAGCAGAAAGUUGUUUUAUGGAGGAUAGGGGCGUGUCCCCCGUCGAAGAAGAGGAGCACUUGGAAUGUCGCCCAUUAGUUUUACAGAGGGGCAUGUACAUUGAUAACGACAGGGAGGAAGUUUCUCCUUGUGUAUCACCAUCGUGUAUUUACGCUGACAGUUCAACAGACACAGCAACACCUUCUGCAACAUCACCUCUACUAUCACCUCAGGAUUCUGCAUCCCCCUCCCCAGAACCUUCUCCCUUGCCCUCACCAGAGGCUUCUCCCCUACUACUACGAGCUCGUUCUUCAACACCCAGCUCUCUUUCCAGAGAAAACCAGAUGGAUACCCCAACUAAUUCCAGUCUUCCUGCUGAUAACAUAAGCCUCCUUAGUACUGACAGUGAUUCCUCUUCUAAGAAAGGUGGACUGUUAAGGUGUGCAGGUAAAGUGGAUCCCCCAGCAUCUCAACGCAAGACAGCAAUGCCACUUAAGUUAGCACAAACUCAGGCAAUGGCUGUAGCUGGAAUGUCACCUGGUGGGCGACCAAGGAGCGAAACUAGCUACCGAGUUUGGAGGACACCGCCAUCAUCUCCGGGCCGAAUUCGUGUUUCUUUACCAGAUUCUCGUCCGAGUAGUGCAACAUUACAUGGGAACAAACCUAGUAAAAAUAAACAGCAGCAAUUUCGUCAUUCCAUUGGCUGUUUGGACAUGGCCCUCGACCCAUCUGAUGCUUUCUACAAAGAAUUGACCAAACCAAAGCCUCGCAUGCCGUUACUACGGAAAUCAACAUCAAAACCAGAGGCAAUUUUAAGUAGUACCGAGAGCCUAGUAGCAAAGGUAUUAUGCCAAGAAGGAAUUGGUCGAAUAGUUGACCGGGAUUUAAUUAAAGUGGCUGAGCGAGAACUUGCUGAAGCAUGCGACAUGACACAGGAGGAAUUAGAUCAGGCAGCACAUAAACUGUUAAAAGAGAAACAGACGGACACAAAACUGCCAUAUUUUGACCAUUUAGGUGGCUAUGAAUUAAAAGACUAUACGCAACGAUCUCCAAAAUCAUCAGCAAGAAGGAGAAGGCGGAAUUCCGAUUCCCCCGAUGAUAGUUCUCAUGAUGGACGAGACCAAGACACUGAAUAUGUAACAACAUUAUAAUGGCUAGCCACCUGUAGAAAAAUAGGUUCUAUGCUUUUUCUUAUGCGUACAUUUCCACAUAUGUAUUCCAAUCUGUGAGAAAAUUGCGCCAUUUUUGUCCAUCCUCUUUUUUCUUUGCUUUCAAUUGUCCAAUCAGUUGAAAAGAUGGAUUCUUUUUGAGGAGUAAUUAAUAAUUCUUAGAAGGAUUAAUUGCGUCAGUAGGAUUCAGAUGAUCGAUGCGUUCCAGCACCGACUGUCUGCAAAGAAGUUAAUCUGCUGUUUGUCAUCAAUUUGCAGAAAGUUUCAGCAGCAGUAAAAAUUUAUUGAAGUGGAUUUUGAUGAAGAAAAAAAUGAAAAGUAUUUGACAAAACCUUGCCUUAUUAAGCAUGUAUGCAUCCAUGAAUGCUCUGAAAACGUAUGCAAGCUACCAUAGUCGAUUUUAAGAUGCCUGUUUCAAAAGCUGAUUGAAAUGUAAUAUCAACAUACAUUAUGGCAUCAUUUUAAACCAGCGUCGAAUGCAAAGCCAUGUUGUGCAAGAAUUUCAAUAGAGCAAACAAAUACAAUCAUUGAAUUGUUAACCCUUUCCACAACCAAGAUCUAAUCAAUCUGAAAAACAACAGAAUAUUUUAAACAAGAUGGUGGAAUGGAUUUUUCUAUUUUGUAUCCAGUAUAUUACUAGACAACUUCAGUAUACUGUACCUGUUGACAAGGUAGUUGCAUUUUAUUGCAAUGUAUGUUAUAGAUAGUGUGCUAAUUUAUUUAAAGAAGAGUACCUUGUACAAAUAUUUUGGGAGGUUAAAAUAUUUAAUUUGCAUAAACUGCAUGAGGUCAAAUCACCGUGCCAUUAUGCAGGUCAUGAGGCAGAUGAUAAAUAUUAAUUUGCAUAAAUUUGCAUGAAAUAUUCAUUUCUAAUCAAUCUUUUCUUCAGUUUUCCAAAUGUUUGUUUUUUAGCUUUGCUGAAGGUUGUAGACUGUGAACAUUAAUAAAUUAUUAAUAAAUAAAGGUGACUUAUUUUUAUAAGCUUAAUCUACUUAAGAUAAUCAAAAUAUGUUCUUUUUCCCAGAUAUUAAAAGUAGGUUUAACAAAAAAUCUUUUUAAUGUAGUAGUUUGAGAAUUUAAUUAUAGAUGAGAGAUUUAAAUAUGUAUAGAUUUCUGAAAAUAAAUUUGUAUUUAUCUGAAACAUCUGACUAAAUUAUCAUAUAAAUUUCAUUCCAUAGUGGAAUUUGUGGUAGAAAUGUAAUGGAAAAAAUAUGGCAACAGUGGAUCCACAAAUGCUAGCAACCCAGCAUAUAGAGGGCAGUAUUCAAAUUUAGCCUUUUUUGCAUUAACUCGCUGGAUGAUACAACUAAGAUAAACUCUGACAAAACCCUGCUUUUGUCAAUACAGUAUAUGAAAUUUCGCUUAAGAAGCCAAAAUGUCAACUCACCCAGUUUCACGUUUCUACGGUGUAUGAAAGAAAUGUUGAAAAACAUCAACUAUUAAUAUUUAACUUUAUUAUAUAUCAAAAAUAUUUUUUAAAUUAUUGUAAAUAUUAAAUUAAAU